AUGGGAGACGCAGAGAACGCCCUUCCUCCCUCAAAGAAAAGGGCUGCUGGUAGAGAACUUAAUCGCGACAGACCUGAACUUGAUGAUGAGGAGGAUGCAUCAGAACAAGAGAGCGGGACCUUCAAGAGGGCAAGUAAUGAAGUGCUAGCAACCAGGAGAAUUGUCAAAGUACGUCGAAAUCAAGGCACAUCUGCCCCUUCUUCCAAUCCUUUUGCUGGAAUUCGCUUGGUUCCACCUGCUGAGGCAAAGUCCGCGGAGGUGAGCCCUGAAGAGGAAGCUGUGAGUGAGAAGGCUACUGCUGGUUUGGAUGAAGAGGAUAAAGAGACCGAGAAGGACACCAAUGGUGAUAAUAAACAAGCAGAAAGCAAAACUGAUGAGGUCGGAACGGAAUCUGCUGCAGAUAAGGAGGAUGUUGCAGAUAAGGAUGUUGACGAUGAUGCUAAAAACUCACCCGAACAAAAGCCAGAGGGUGAGGCAGCAACUGGAGGCGAAAAAAGCGAAAGCAAUGUCAAGAAAGACGACGAAAAUUCAAAUUCAACUACUGAAACUACUCCGCUGAGCUCAUUCCAACAGCUUUCAAGUACACAAAAUGCAUUCACUGGUCUUGCUGGUACUGGCUUUUCUACUUCUACCUUCUCAUUUGGGUCUAUUCCGAAGGAAGGGUCUGCAACAGGCACUGGUUCUGGUUCUCUUUUUGGACUCAAAGGUGACCAACCUUCUUUUGGGUUUGGUCUCUCCAGUAAUGGGAACUCCUCAAUUUUUGGCGCUUCUGUCGUGUCCAAGGGGGAGAAUAGCGGUGUCACGACUCUGCAGGAGGUUGUGGUUGAGACGGGUGAAGAAAAUGAGAACGUGGUUUUUUCUGCUGAUUCUGUGUUGUUUGAAUAUGUAGAGGCUAGCUGGAAGGAACGUGGUAAGGGUGAAAUCAAAGUGAAUGUGUCGACAACUGGUAAUGAGAAAGCCAGACUCCUCAUGAGAACUAAGGGGAAUUACAGGCUUAUUUUGAAUGCCGGUCUUUACCCAGAAAUGAAGCUCACAAAUAUGGACAAGAAAGGCAUCACUUUUGCAUGCGUUAACAGCAUCACUGAAGAAAAGGGCAAUCUUUCUACGUUUGCUCUUAAGUUCAAAGAUGUCUCCAUCUUAGAAGAGUUCCGUGAGUCUGUCACAAGGCACCAAGGUAAUACAGCACAGAAAGAUGAUGCAGCCGAGGUUUUGAAGACUCCAGAAAAUUCCCCUGAAGAUUCAAGUGAGUGAAAGGUAGUAGACGUCCGAAUAGAUGAUUCUGUUAUGGGUCGAUGUCGUUUGUGGAAGUCGUUCGUGAGAAUAAUCUCAUAACUAAGCAAAUUUCCGGGUCCUCGUGAAGCAGAGUUUAGGGUAUAUGAUCUUUUUGGUCGAGUUGGCCUUUGCUGACAUGUUUUUACCUUUCUCAUGUAUCGCGUCUUAAACUGUCAACUAUCAUUUACAAACCUGAGAGUACGGAGCAACGAGAGGAUUAGCUAUUGUCCCGAUGGGAUAGUUACUCGACGAGUUAACCGGUCAUAGGACAUAAUGAAGCAGCUUCAUUUUUUCU